AUGUGCGGAAUCUCCCGCCCUAGUACCGGCAACCGCAUCGCCGUCAUGUUUCCCACCGCUAGCUCCAAGUCCCUUCGUCCGUACUCGUUACUGUUCCGGGAGAUGGAUGCGGGGACGAAGGCGGUGUUUCGUAUUGAGGACGCGGACACGUUUGAUGUGUUCCGUGGGUGUAGGGGCAUUGAUUUGCGGAUUGAACGACAUGGGGAUCUCACGUCAGCUCUGAGGAGUCCCCCGCUUCAUCAGUUUAGGUUACGGCCUUGUGGCAAGAGUCGUGGUGAGAUGGAGUUUGAGUUACCGGAGAGGUUGGAUCUGGGGGUGUCGGAGACGGGGAUCGUCGGGAGACAGGUGACGGUGUUGGUGGAGGGAGGUUCGUCCGUGGGGAAUGGCAUAGGGACGGGGAUUGUGGGGUAUGACUGA